AUGGCAUUAAUUACAUGUUUCAACGAUCUACCCGAUCUCGUAUUAAUUGAACUCUUCUCGUAUUUAUCAUCUUAUGAUAUUCUUUGGGGAUUUAUUCAUCUUAAUCAACGUCUAACUAUGUUAAUUAUUGAACGAGGUUUCUUUUAUUAUAUUAAUUUAUCACUUUCAUAUUAUCAUCAAUUUAAUAAAAUUCUUCAUUUUCUUCCAUUAAAUUCAAUUCAAUCACUUGCAAUUGAUAGUGAUACAUCUCCACUUCAACUAACUCGUCGGUCUUAUUUGUCUAGUUUAACAACUCUACGUAUCAUUGGCACAUACAAUCAUGAUGAUCUUUUACUGUUUCUUUUGCUUCAUGCAGCCACACUUACACAUCUUAUCAUCAAAUCAAAUGAAAGAAUAAUUCCGUUACAAAUUGAUUCAUCAAUUUUUGCUGAUCAUCGUCAUGUUGAUGUUAAUUUCUCUUUUAAACUUAUCAAUUGUCCUCAAUACAUCAACGUUACACAAUAUAUACCAUGUGGUGGUCAAUAUCGUUCACGAGAAAUUGUUGGUGCAACAUUCGCUGUUAAUUGUUGGUCUGAUAAAUCAAAAUGGCUCACUGAUGGCGAUCCUUUUCCAAGUAAUUCUUAG